UUUCUCACACCUCGAAACAAUUUCCAUCCAAGCAGUCUUCACUACCGCUAAUUUACCACCCCAUCCAGCCCAAACACAAAGUCACAAUGGGUGGAAUGGGCGGCUUCGUACAUGCUCCCUUCCAAUACUGCCAGACUAACGCAGGCUAACAGAUUCCCCACAGCUCGGCGGCACCGUCCUCACGGGCUCAAUCGCAUACCUGACCCUCCGACAUCUAAACGCAAACACAAGAACACACUCAGCAUCCCUACGGGGAUCCCGCCAGAUCGCGGACUCGAUACUCCUUCCCAAGCAGAUCCCCAAGAACCGGGACCCGACACUCGAGCGACCGAGCUUUGUCGAGACAUUGAAGGAUGCGUGGAAUUGGGAGAUUGAGAAGAUUGUUCGCAGGGCACAGAGAUGGGAUAUGAGGAGCGCACGGGAGGGGGCGGAGGGCACAGUUGGGAACGUGGUGGAAAAGCUAAAGGGGCGGUCUAACUGAUUUGCUCGUGUGAUAUGCCGUGCAUGUGUAGGAGGGGGGUGCACGGUGGAGACGAGUGCGAAUUGUGAGGUAUUUGGAUCGAUGGCGUUGAAGUGACUAUGAUUUCUCUCUGCAGUAGGGUCUGUAUGUGCGCUUUGUUUUCUGUUUUCUCUCUCUCUCUUUAGAUAGCGAAUAUCCCCCCCUCGGCAGAAGCAAAGACCUGGUUUCACGUUGUGAUGCUCCCUUCUCCACUUGUCAAAGUGUAGCUGCUUUUAUUCCGGCACUCUCACCAAGGGUUUUGGGGAGUUGGCUUGUGUCAUAUUUGUGGUGGAUUCCAUUUCCUUCAUAACGGAUUUUGAAGUUGUACAAAAC